AUGGAAUGUUGUCCAAAGGGCCAAAUCCCAAGUACGUCACAACCACAUCUAGAGAUGAUGGUCAUACUAACAAUGCCUUCUUUUAGGAGACCGACUUAGCAAGCUUCCCACUGAAAUCCUUCUACAAAUCUUGAAGGAAUGCGGUUAUUUCAAAAGAGCAAAUCCCGAAUACGAAAUCGCUAUCAUGUAUGGCUCUUGUAUGCCUAUGAGAUGGAAUUCUGAGAUGGAUGAUACCGACGGGUCUAUGAAACUUAUUCUGAGAGGACGCGACCCUUUCCCCCAAAAAUACUGUUAUCCCAAAACCUCACUCUUCUCACUAUGUGCUGGGUUGACCUGCAAAAAGAUUUAUGAUGUCCAUUGGUCGCUGUGGGGAAUGGUAAAGCCUCAAGACAUCCCACAAAUCUCCAUGGUCUACCAUGCUGAAGACGAAGUUUGUUCUUACCGCAAAAAUGGAGAUCAGAUCUUUACACGGAAUCCAGAAGGUACAGAAAGAACCUUGGAGUUUGAUCCUUAUAAACUUUUGCACCAAUGGUUCAUCUCAGGAGGCUACCGUGAGGGAAAGGAAUGGGCAGGCUGCAAGUACAAAAAUAUUGUGACCAAAGAGAUGCCAACUGAGGCUGAGUCCAAAUCAAACGAUAACCAAAGAAAGAACAAGGGGAAGCAGAAGAAGAAGGGCAACAAGGGUCGACGCAGCAGAAAGUAA